AGAGAGGUCCCUCCCUCGUUAUCUUACGCAAACCAUGUCGUCAAAGGAUUGCCACCACCAUGGCAAAAGCCGUGGGAAAUUAGUCCGAAGAAUCAUAGCCGGCGUUGUCAUCUUCCUCCUGGUUGUUCUUAUCACAAUCCUCAUUAUUUGGGCUAUCCUUCGUCCCAACAAGCCCAGGUUCAUCCUCCAGGACACCACCGUCUACGGCUUCAACGCCUCCGUCCCCAAUUUCCUCUCCUCCAGUUUCCAAGUCACCGUGACGUCUCGGAACCCGAACGACAGGAUCGGGAUCUACUACGACAGGCUCGACAUGUACGCCACUUACAGGAACCAACAAAUCACGCCCCGCACUGCAAUCCCUCCCACUUACCAGGGUCACAAGGAGGUCAACGUUUGGUCGCCGUUCAUUAAUGGGGACAUGGUUCCUAUCUCGCCGGACUUUUCCGUGGCUUUGGGGUCGGAACAGGCUGCCGGCUCGGUUUUCCUAACUAUCAAGAUUGACGGACGGGUGAGAUGGAGAGUUGGAGCUAUCGUUACCAGAAGAUACAAUCUCCACGUUAGAUGUCCGGCUUAUAUCACUUUCGGAGGCAACAGUAACGGCGUUAUCGUCGGCGAUAAUGCUGUUAAGUUUCAGUUCGUGACUAGCUGCAGCGUUAGUGUCUGAAGUUGGAAAACACUGAGGAUUGAGGAAGAAGAUAAAGAAACUAACAACGUCAAGUCCCAAUCUUAAUCUCUCGUCUCCCUCGAUUUUAUUUUAUCUGAAGUCGUUUGUUUUUUCACGAGGAAAUUGUACACUUUGCUAUAGAAUAAAUGGAGAAAAAAAAAUUAAAGGAGUGAUACGAAGCAAAAUUUAAAAUAAAAAUGU